ACAACCGAUCCAGCCACAACCAAUCCAACCGGUCCGGCCACAACGGAUCCAGCCGGUCCAGGCACCACCGAGCCAGCCAGUCCGGGGACAACCGAGCCAGCCGGUCCGGCCACAACUGACCCAGCCGGUCCGGCCACAACCGAGCCAGCCAGUCCGGGGACAACCGAGCAGCUCAAGACCACCGACCCAGCGAGUACAGUACCACCAUCAUCAACACCAGAACCUUCAUCAGAUCCCAUAUCUACACCAAAACCCACCACAUUAGCUCCAGGGACAACAACAACAAUUCACUGCCAAAACGGAGGAACGUUCAGUGGCGGCAUUUGCAACUGUGCCAGCGGAUUCCAUGGAAAUGCUUGCCAGUUCCUGAACGAAACCAUACAGUUUGAUCGCAUCGAACGGUUGGUGAAAAUUCAAAUGGUGAUCGACCAGGAAUACAACCCCAAUUACGACAACACCAGCUCAAAGGAUUACAGAAACUUCGUUGAUGAAUUUAUCAAGGAGAUGGAGGACUUUUACCGAGAAAAAAGCCUGCAAAAACUUGUCAAAGUGGUGGUAACCAAUGUUAGCCGAGUGGCCUCGCCAAUGUUGAUGAGACGUUCGGCCUCUGCACUGGAGCGGCGCAGAUUAGCCAUCGACGCUACGGCCACCCGCAGAGUCACACCAAGACCACAAGGCGUCAACGUCAGCCACGAUGUGGUUUUGUCGAUCACAAACCAGCUGAACAUCGGUGACCAAGAAUAUCAGUUCGAAGUGGAUACGAUCGAUAUGGCUCUGAAAACGCUGAUUAACUGCACAACAGUUUGCCCCUACAAUGUGACAGAGACACCGAUUGUGAAUGAGACUGAAGUGAAUAGGAACACACUUUGCAACUCGUACGUGUUGGAUCCGGACAUUGCCCAGCACUACAAGGCCGUGGACUACAACAACAUGCUGGUGUGCGUCACUCGAUGCAAAAGAAGUUACGGCUCGGAUUUUCUUCGCUGCAACAACGAUGGAGUGUGCAGAGUUUCCGCGGGUGUCGGUGCCGUUUGCAAUUGUAAGGAUUUGGGAUCCACGUGGUACUUAGGCAUUGACUGCGGGUUGCCUAUCCAAAAAGUUCCCUUCUAUGCCGGUUUGGUGGUCACCCUGGUUUGUCUCCUAGCCACCAUGGCAGGCUUGACCGCGUACGUGAUCAUCAACAAGAAAGAGCAGACAAGGAAAAAAGACAUGAAAAAGAAGCUGGUGAACAACUGGCUCAACGACGAAUUCGAGUGGUCCCGAUCCGAGAAACUCUCGACAGGCACCUUUAAUGCUGGACACCUGAACCCGACCUUCCCCUACGACGCGCCGCUGCGGACACCGCCGAUGCGCCAACACAACGACUCGAGACAGUCCGGCCGGUCCAGCCCGGCCGUGAGCAUGUACAGGCUCGACGGAGCGGCCCGCGGGUAUGACGGAUCGCUUCGCCCCAACGGAUUCCCUAUCUCUGAUCAAGAGAUGAGGAUCCACAGGCCGCAGAUCAGGUCAUCGUGGGACGCCUGAGCGCCCCCCCUUUUCAAAAACAAGCACCUUAACGACCCAGCGGCAGCAACAACACUCUUCUUCGAAGGAAGCUAAUUUAUUGGAUCUCUUGUCUUACAACAUCUAAGCUGGAGAAAUGAAUUCUUUUGUCUGUAAAAGUAGCGAUUUGCCAUUCACGUAGUUGGAAAGUACGUGAUCAUCGCUUUGGAACAUGUUUGUUGAUUUAUUUUAUUUGGUCGGGACCAUGCAUGAAUGACAAUCAGCAAGAAAAUGCACUUUGCACCCGAACCCUCAGACCCUACUCAGCCUGAACGCUCGCACGUUUUAUUUCUGAAUCAAGUUGGUGUCAUUUUGUUUCUGUGCAGAAUGCUUGCAAAUAUGCAUUUGGGACUUUGUUCUACUCUAUUGUUGCUUUUGAAUGAAAAAAAAAAGCUGAUUAUCAAA